UAUUUUGACAGGUGUCAUUGACUGUAAGUUAUUUGUCAAAUAUAAAAAUAAGUCGCUACGAUUUGGUGUAGAAUAAAAAAAAGUCAAAUUCAAUCAUGCCGAAAAAGAUGGGAACAAAUUCGAAAGCGGUUGAAGCCCGCGAACGUAAAGCAACCCAAAAGAAAGCUGUCCAAGAGAAGGUAACUAAAGCUGCUGAAGAUGCACUAUGGACUGACGACGAUAAACAAUUGGCUAAAAAGAAGGGCCGAAAAGAGGAAGAAGAACGAAAAAAGGCUGAAUUACUUCGAAGAAAGGCUGAGAAUAAAGCGAUGCUAGAACAAGAAAUGGCAUCCAUUAAAACCGCAUCGAAACCUUCGAUUCAAAAGGUUACACAGGCUCAAAUCAAUGCCGAAAAUGAACGUCGCCAGAAGGUUGUCGAAAAUAUUUAUAAAUCAAACAAAGAACCAGAGAAGGAUACAAAACUUGUGAUUGCAGAACCACUUAUCGAAAAUUUGAAUAGACUAGAUCCAGAAGCAAUUGAAGCGUCUGGCAUCGAUGAAGCGAUCAAAGCACUCAGCAUGACUGAGGGUACGGCAGACAAACAUCCGGAAAAACGGUUAAAGGCUGCAUUUAAGGCAUACGAAGCCGAAAAUCUACCUCGAAUUAAAGCUGAAAAUCCAUCGAUGCGACUUUCUCAAUGGAAACAGAUAUUAUUUAAGGAAUGGACUAAGUCAUCACAAAAUCCACUAAAUCAAGCCAACUAAAUAGGUGAAUUUGUUUAUAUUAUGCUGCCUCCAUCUUCACAAACAACAUAAAGAUAUGAAUUGUACUGAAAAUUAUUGUAAAUAAUGUAUGAAAUUGCCUCGGAUCCCUGUGGGUCAAUGACAAUUUUUUCAAAUCCUCUCGAUACUGCUAUAUUUACCGUAUUUUACGUUUGAUUUAAAAGUAUCGUGGGAACUUUUUCGAAGAGUAAAUAAAAAGUAAAAAAAAAUAAUU